GCCGGUCCCUGCACCAGGUGACCUGUUCCGGCCCGGAUCCGGGCGGCCUCGCCAUGCAGCGGCGCGGCGCGGGGCUCGGGUGGCCGCGGCGGCAGCAGCAACAACCCCCGCCGCCCGCGGUCGGUCCCCGGGCCGCAGCCAUGGCCCCCCCGAGCGGCGGCGUCCCCCCGGGCCUCGGCGGCCGCGCUGCCUGCGCGCUGCUCCUGUUCUGCUACCUGAAUGUUGUGCCGUCUUUGGGCAGGCAGACGUCCCUGACGACGUCGGUAACACCCAAAGCGGAACAGAGCACGGCUUACAAAGACUUUAUUUAUUUCACCGUCGUUGAAGGGAACGUCCGCAAUGUUUCUGAAGUCUCGGUUGAGUAUUUAUGCUCUCAGCCGUGUGUUGUCAAUCUGGAAGCAGUUGUCUCGUCCGAGUUCAGAAGUAGCAUCCCUGUGUACAAAAAGAGGUGGAAAAAUGAAAAGCAUCUUCACACCAGCAGGACACAAAUAGUGCACGUGAGAUUUCCGAGCAUCAUGGUUUACAGAGAUGAUUAUUUCAUCAGACACUCCAUUUCGGUAUCCGCGGUGAUACUACGCGCCUGGAUUACUCACAGAUACAGUGGUGGAGACUUGAAUGUUAAAUGGGAGGACAAUUUGCUACAUGCCGUAGCUAAGAAUUAUACUCUGCUGAAGACGGUCCCGCCUUUCGAACGCCCUUUCAAAGACCAUCAAGUGUGCCUGGAGUGGAACAUGGAUUAUAUUUGGAACCUUCGGGCAAACAAGAUUCCCCAGUGUCCUCUUGAAAGUGAUGUGGUCACCCUGCUGGGCUUUCUCUAUGCCUCCAGUGGAGAAAACACAGGCAUUGUGAAGAAGUUCCCGAGGUUUCACAACCGAGAGCUGGAGGCCACCCGACGCCAGCGGAUAGAUUACCCAGUGUUUACUGUUUCAUUGUGGCUUUAUUUACUCCAUUAUUGCAAGGCCAGUCUCUGUGGGAUUCUGUACUUUGUUGAUUCUAAUGAGAUGUACGGCACGCCGUCUGUAUUUCUUACCGAAGAGGGCCACUUGCAUAUUCAGAUGCACCUUGUCAAAGGAGAAGACCUUGCGGUAAAAACGAAAUUCACCAUGCCCUUGAAGGAGUGGUUUCGACUGGAUCUCUCUUUUAACGGAGGCCAGGUAGCGGCAUGCACGCCCCAUGAAUCACCAGCAUCAUCACUGAUAACAUUAAGCGUUGCUGUAAAGUCAGGGAGCCAGGAUAUCCGCCACAGCGAAUUUGUGAUAGUGGUAGCCACCAGCCUUGGACAGGAUUUGAAAAGCUACCAUAAUCAGACCAUUAGCUUCAGGGAGGAUUUCUAUUAUAAUGACACUGCUGGGUACUUCAUUAUUGGAGGGAGCAGGUAUGUGACUGGCAUUGAAGGGUUUUUUGGACCCCUGAAGUACUAUCGUCUCCACACUCUGCACCCUGCACAGAUUUUAAACCCCCUCCUUGAGAAGCAGCUUGCUGACCGGAUCAAGUUAUAUUACGAAAGGUGUGCUGAGGUUCAAGAAAUAGUGUCUGUGUACAUGUCCACGGUACAGCAAGGGGGCGGGAGACCAGAAGCAUGCGACCUCCGGAACUCCUAUCUGGACCUGAAGCUCAGGUACGGGAGGCCCUCCACGUGCAGAGCCUUCCCCUGGGAGCAGGAGCUGAAAGACCGCCACCCCAGCUUGUUCCAGACCUUGGUGGAGAUGGGUUUGUUGACAGUACCGAGGAACCAGAAUGAAUCUGUAUUAGAAGUUGGCGGGAGGAUAUUUGAGAAGGCUGUGAAGAGACUCUCCAGUGUUGAUGGUCUUCACCAAAUUAGCUCUGUCGUCCCCUUUCUGAUGGAUUCCAGCUGUUGUGGAUACCAUAAAGCAUCCUACUACCUCGCAGUCUUCUAUGAAACUGGAUUAAGUGUACCUCAGGAUCAGCUGCAGGGCAUGUUGUAUAGCUUGGUGGGAGGCCAGGGCAGCGAGAGGCUGUCUUCAAUGAAUCUUGGCUACAAGCACUACCAGGGUGUCGAUAACUACCCCCUCGACUGGGAGCUGUCUUACGCAUACUAUAGCAACAUUGCCACGAAGACACCCCUCGACCAGCACACGCUACAGGGAGAUCAGGCAUAUGUCGAAACAAUUAGACUGAAGGAUGAGGAAACGCUCAAGGUACAAACCAAAGAGGAUGGAGAUGUCUUCAUGUGGUUGAAGCACGAGGCCACCCGAGGAAAUGCGGCAGCUCAGCAACGAUUGGCCCAGAUGCUGUUUUGGGGCCAGCAAGGUGUGGCCAAGAAUCCUGAAGCAGCAAUCGAGUGGUACGCCAAGGGUGCCCUGGAGACUGAGGACCCCGCGUUGAUAUAUGACUAUGCCAUUGUGUUAUUCAAGGGUCAAGGAGUAAAAAAGAACAGACGGCUUGCCUUAGAGCUGAUGAAGAAAGCGGCUUCCAAGGGAUUGCAUCAGGCAGUCAAUGGCUUAGGAUGGUAUUACCACAAAUUCAAGAAAAAUUAUGCCAAAGCGGCCAAGUACUGGCUAAAAGCAGAAGAGAUGGGGAACCCGGAUGCAUCGUACAAUCUUGGAGUCCUGCAUUUGGAUGGCAUUUUCCCAGGAAUUCCUGAAAGGAAUCAAACGUUAGCCGGUGAAUAUUUCCAUAAGGCUGCACAAGGCGGACACAUCGAAGGAACCUUGUGGUGUUCUCUCUAUUAUAUCACAGGCAACCUGGAGACCUUCCCUAGAGAUCCCGAGAAGGCUGUGGUAUGGGCAAAGCACGUAGCUGAGAAAAAUGGCUACUUGGGCCACGUCAUUCGCAAAGGCCUCAAUGCCUACCUGGAGGGUUCAUGAGUGGAGACAGCACAGGGGGUCCUAGCUGAACCUCUGCCUCUCCCUGGCAGGCCACAGAAAGCUCAUGGGAAGAAGAGAGAGCAGUGUGUUUAGGGCUCAAGCUACAUCCUUCCACUGAUAUUUUACCACAUCUUUCACAGCCGAGAGCCUGGAUUUGCUGGAACUCACUCACCAGACCUCUGAUGUCAUAGCCAAACAGUCUCCCCAUUUUGACUUUCUUCUGAUGAAGUUAGGAAGUCUCAUCCUGGACCCUAUGGGAUGAGACACUGCACGUAAAGACUUGCAAAUGCUCUCCGUUUGCUGUGCCUUGAUUUUACAAAUAAGGGCACACCUUUCCAAACUGCAAACCCACCUGAUCCAUCGUUCUGUUUUCUUCCUCCAGUCCUCCCGUUCUGUCUUGCUUUUCCAUUGGGCCAUAUUUUCUUGGCUGGUUUUUUGCCUGAAUGAUCUGGGUAUUUCAGUAAUAACUAACAAGGGCAUGCAAACCAGCACAUAUCCCAUCAGUCCACAGCCUCAAAGAUAUUAGACCAGACCUGUCACAGAUCACACUCUGAUCUGAACCUUAAUUAAAAAUUAAAAUAUGAGUCCAAAAUAACGCGAUUUUCUCCUUUGGUCCAUGGGUGCCCACAUAAUCAGCAGAUAGCGUUCGGUAAAUGAGAAUCUUAAAGAAGGCAGGGCAAACGAAUCCAAUGAAAACAGCACCAAAAGAAAUGUUUAUCAUUAUCAUCCUGUGAAAGCGUAUUAUCUAUAACCUCACUGUACACAAUCAGAAAAAAAAAUUUAAUGAAAUUGUUAUUUUGCAAUUGAUACACCUUACAAUUUUUCUGGUGUUUCAUCUUGUCUCCCAAGUAAGCUUCAGUUCAUAAAACUCCCAAAUUUGACUUUAAUUUAUUCUCUACUUCUCACCCUCCAAACUUCCCACCCCCACAAGCUUCUGAGGGGAAAAAGAGCAUUCAGAUACCGAAGUGUGUAUGCGAGGGAUUUUCCCCCAGAGAGAGCACAUCUGUAAACUCCCCCACACCGCCACACACACACAUACACACACACGCACACACACACACACACACACCAAGAUGUUUGACACUGUUUUUCCCAUAAAGAGAGUGCCUAUUAAUAGCUGACAUUACUUGCCUGCUUUUGAAUUUAACAUCACAAAGCGUUUCAGAUAGCACAUUUUAAAAUUUGCUGUGAAGGUCAAGAUGAAUUAAUUUUCGUGACCUGUUGUCCUUCGUGCAAUAUUCAGCCACAGCAUGAGAUUGAUUUUUUUUUUUUUCUUUUGGUAGAGGGGAGGGGGAAGUUAAGUGUAUUCUCCACUGUUUGUGAGUUUGGGUCCAGUUCAGCAGACUUUAUGGAGUAGACUUAAAUGCGGGGUGCCUCAUCUAGUCCUAUGCUUCAGGGGAUGCCACCAGCAGGGCUUGGGGAAGUUUGCGGCCUCACCUCUUCUCAUGCUGAACUCACAUGGCCCGUACUCUGUUUGACCUCUGGAUCUUUGAACAUGCUGUUUCCUCUGCCCAGAAGUCCUACCUAACUCCGUACUCCCGUUAGGAUCAUGAUGGCCCUUGUUGAUUGCCCUGUGUCUUGUACCCCAGUGCCCAGCCCCGAGUGGUACCUGGGAAGUGCUCAAAAACAAAUGAAUGUAUGAACGAAGGCAAGUAGCACAACCAUAACUCAAGACCCAUGAGCAGCAUAUCAAGAGCAUGAAAGAUUCUGAAGAGGAAAAAUGCUGUCCAGUUUGUGGGACUUAGGUCAGCCUUCACGACAGAGGUAGCAGAGGAUAUGGCCUUGAGGGGUGGGUGGAAUUUCCGCUUAGCCAUGCAGGGAAUAGCGUUUCUGGUGAAGGGAAUAGCAGGAACAAAAGCAAAGAGAUAGGAAAAUUCUGGAUGAAUCUAGAAAUUUUUAAGCCUCCAGUUUGCCUUCAGGUGAGAUUUGUAAAAGGGAGUGAUAUAGAAUAAGACCAAAGAAAUGCUGCUCUAGGAAACUUUAAAUGGCAGGUCAUACACUUUUUACUUUAUUUGUGAGGAGUGGGGAGUUACUGAUAGUUUUGGGAGAGGGUACUGAGAUGACAGAGCUGGGUUCUGAGCUGUUUAACCAAACAACUGUGUUUGAUGGUAAAGAGAAGGGAGAGUCAGAAGGGGCAUGUUAGUUCAGAAGCCAGGUGAAAGGAGCUGAGCAUUUGAGCUGGAGAUGGGGCACAAGCCAGUUCAGUUGUUCUUCUCUUCUUCUGUCAUAUAAUGGUUGAUGCGUAUGAAGUAAUAUGUGAUAUAUACGUAAGUUCUCAAGUGUAAUGAUAAAAUGAACACCUAUAACCCUACAUAAGAGAAUGAACAGCUCUGGGGCGCCUGGGUGGCUCAGUUGGUUAAGCCUCUGACUUUGGUCUCGCAGUUCCUGAGUUCGAGCCCCGCGUCGGGCCCUGUGCUGAGAGCUCAGAGCCUGGAGCCUGCUUCCGAUUUUGUGUCUCCCUCUCUCUCUGUUCCUCCCCUGCUCGUGCUCUGUCUCUCUGUCUAAAAAAUAAAUAAACAUAAAAAAAAAAAAGAACUGUUGAAGCCUGCAUUUCCCUCUCAGAUUAAAUCGACCCCCAUCCCUAUACCCAGAAGUAACCAUCAUCCUGAGCCUUAUUGUUUUUUGUUUUCUGUGUUUUUUUUUUAAACAUUUAUUUGUUUUCGAGAGACAGAGACAGAGUGCAAGUGGGAGAGGGGCAGAGAGAGAGGGAGACACAGCAUCGGAAGCAGGCUCCAGGCUCUGAGCCCAGAACGCUCCAGCACAGAGCCCAAUGCGGGGCUCGAACUCACAAAUCGUGAGAUCGUGACCUGAGCCAAAAUGAAGAGUCAGACACUUAACCAACUGAGCCACCCAGGCGCUCCCCAUUUCUUAUAUUAACACACACUGGCAUUUCCCUUUUUUGUUGUUUUUAAGAACAAUGUGGCCAUGACCAUUUUUUAUGUAUAUUGUGGCAUGCAUCAGAAAAGUUGCUCUGCAAUAUAAAUUUAGGAGUGGAGUCAUAGGGCAGGCACGUGUUCAACUUUGUCAGAUGAUGCCAAUGGUUUUCCCAAAGGAUUUUUACCAGUUUGCUCUCCUGCCAACCAUGUAUAUAUUUUUGCUGCUUCAGAUCCUUACCAAUCUUGAUGCUGAUGCUAAGCGUUAUUAAAGAUAAGUUUCAAUCUGGAUUUAAAGCCUUUUUUUUUUUUUUCUAUCAGCAGGAAGGGACAUCUAGUGUCCAUUACAAUGGGAAAAUCGUUGUCAAAGUAUGGUUGAGGCAAAGUGCGUGUAUCUCCCCCCACUCUCCAAGCCCCAAAACUUGCCCUGGGGUUAAACAGGAAAUCUAUGACUGUUGGCCUUCCCACACCACAGGGUGGCUUUUUUGAAACCGUCUAUUUGGCUGCAAUAGAACUAAAUCAUCCAUCAAUGUCCCAAGUCCAUCCCCCUUCAUUUUCUGUGAGUGAAUUUAUUCUGGACGUUAUUUUCAAAUUACGUGUGUCAGUUUGAUGAGCUUGUGUUUUUCUGUGUUGUUCCAGGAUUUAUAUGGGAUAGUUUAAAAGAGGAGCAUGAUUGAGAAGAGGGCUUUUUGCUGUAUAGGCAUAAUACAGAAGAUAAUGUUGUCAUGCCUGAGGCUGUCCUCGGACACCAGGAGAAGUCAGCUAAGGAGAGGCUGGCUGUCAUGUUUCAUUUCUCUCCGCCUUCCCCCUAUGUGUGUUUUAUCUGUGAGCUAGGUGUUUUAUUGUCCUUUGUCUUAAAUAUGUCCUAAAUAUUUAACCCAGGAGGUUAGCCAGAGGGUGGGGGGCUUGGGGCAUGCCAAGUUCCAGCUGAAAGAGAUUCACCUUUCUGCAAUAGACCAGGGGUCCUGAAUUCCACUAAGAUCCCAGGAUUUUUUUUUCCAUCCGUCCAGUAUAAGCUGCUUCAGGCAUCGGCAGAGGAAAGCACAAAGAAAAUAACAUAAUUGUUUGAGAAGCUGCUCAGAGGUACUCAGAUUCACAGUUCACAGCAAGCAGCUAAAGGAUUGAUUAUUAAUAUGUAUCAUUACAAAAGUUCUGUAAAUGUGUAUGCCGAGGCAGAAGUGGGGGGAUAGCAAAUGUGCCCCUAAACUCGUUCUUUACCGUAAAUCCCCUCCUCUCCGCAUCCACCCCCCCACUCCCAGUCCUUGUCGGAAUGACUGUCUGGGGGACAUUUUCACUUUGGUGCAUUGGAAAUAAAGCUUGAGGCUCUGGUUAGCUUCCUAAACCUUGAAGAAAGUCUUGGAAGGGCAGUACGGUUCUAUGGCUUGCCUUUGGGCGUCCUGCCCAUAGCAGGUGCUGCUGACAUGUUUGUCCUAUGAUUAUAAUUAUAGAAAUAUCUGUAAUUAAUACCUCCGGGCAGUUUGUGUCGGAACACAAUUAAGUAAGAACAAAGCACUGGGAGGUAAGGUGGGUAGGAUUUCUGCAAAGGUGUCGUUUCUCAGGAGUCUUAAUGAGCGGAGCAAGUCUGGCCUUGAGUCUGCUAAGCUUCGCCUAUGGAUGGCGGUGAUAUAGGAGAGCACCAGCCUUCGAUGAUCGCUUCUGCAGGAUGGAACACGGGGCUGGAUUUCCAGUCAGCAUUUCUACAGACAUCAAUGCUUUUUAGACCUCUCUUUUUGAUGGAUUUCAGUGCUUCCUCAAAGGAAACGCUUGAGAAUUCUGUGAAAUUUCCUCUUGGCUUACACAUUUAAUUGGACAGUGGAAGUCUUCCUGUAAAACUCGUCCCUUCCUCCCCUCCCCACCACCAAGGUAGCUUUUGAGACAAGAUAUUGACUUUCUGAAGUUUGUCAUAGUGACUCAGUUCUUACAGGAAGCAUCAACCUCCUGCCUCCCCCGCAAAUUCUAACAGUCUGCCCAAAGUGCUGUCAAAGAAAACGUCCUUUUAUUGCAUUUUAAUAAUAAUGUGAGCCACAUUCCAUCCAUUAUGGCAGCAGAGGGAUCCGGCCCAGUAUUUGGCCUUGGGCCAGUAAGUCUACACCUCUCUUUCCCUCAUCCAUCCCCAGGGGGAAACCAGGCACUGGUUCGCCUUCAAGCAUCUCCAAAGAAAUGCGAGAUUGUAAGACCUUGGGAAUGGGUCUCUGUUGCAGAGUGAUGGGGACUUUCUGCUGGGCCACCUUUGCAGACCCUCCAUCUGGGAUCUGUCUGUUCUGAAGAUUCUUGUCCCAAAAUGUGGUUUUUGCAAGCUGUGUAAGAAUAUGCCUAGGCGUCUUCUGUGCUGUGGGCUCGUUUUCUGGCUUGUGACGUAGGGGACACUGCUCAGCCAGCCUUGUGUCUCUUUAGCAUGAGUCAUGGCUAAUUGGUCGGCUGCCUUGGAUGUCUGGGAAGCCAAGAAUCAGCUCACUCAGCAGCUAUAUGGCCCGUGACCUGUGUUGUGUCUGAUUGAAGGUCUCACUGUCCUAAUUUGACCCCCAGUCACCUCUCCCUGUCCCCAGGGGUUGGACCACCAGAAGCUGCUUUAGCAGAGUAGAAAAGACAAUUUCAGAAUCUGCUUCCUUUGUUUCCCCAACCCUCCCAUAAACCAGUUUCUAGGUGGAGUUGCAGUUAAAAAAAAAAAAAGUUCUUAAUGUCAACUGCUUAGAAUGAAAAAUAAGCUUUAGAAACAACUAUAUAUGGCUAAAAUAAAAUUUUACUCAUUAACUGGGAAACACAAGGAAAAUGGAGGAAAUCAUACAAGUAAAAAGAUGAAAAUAAAAUGAUUUGGUUCUCACCACCGAGGGAUAAGUGCUAUUAGCCUUUUUUUUUUUUAAUUUUUUACACAUUUUAUUUAUUUUUGAGAGACAGAGCGUUAGUGGGGGAGGGACAGAGAGAGAGGAGACACAGAAUCCAAAACAGGCUCCAGGCUCUGAGCUGUCAGCACAGAGCCCGACGCGGGCUCGAACCCAGGAACUGUGAGAUCAUGACCUGAGCGGAAGUCGGAUGCUUAACCGACUGAGCCACAGGCACCCCCGUGGUGUUAGCAUUUUGAUAGAUAAUUUUUAAGUUUUAUUUGUUUCCUCUCCAUACAUGCAUCUGCAUGUGUGUGUAUGUGAAUGGAUACAUUUGGUUUUAUUUCUGUUUUACAAAAAUGGAAUUGCUCUGUUUUUCAUCCUACCCUCUUUUUUUUUUUAACCGAAAGGAAAAUUUUGCAUAAACAUCUCUCCACGUUUUUGAAUCCUCUUCUACAACAUCAUUUUUAACGGCCUCAUCUGAAAGUGGCUGCACUGUGGGGUAAUUUAACUACUCACUGAUUUUCAGAUACUUAAGUUGCUUCCGGUGUUUUUUGUUCAUAUAAACAGGUCUCCCAUGAACUCUGUGGUCACAGAAUCUUUACACGUGUUUCUGUUUUUUUAGAAUAAAGCUUUACAAGGGGAAAACUCUUGGCUGAAUGGUGUGGGCAUUCUUAAGACUUCCUGCAUUUAACCAUUGGGUUAACCAGCCCUCCCACAACCAGCGGCUGUAGGAAUCCGUCCGUUUCCCCAAACCCAUGCUGCUACUCUGUAUUGUGAAUCUUGUGCCAGUCUUUCGACAGGUGAACAGUCAUGUCUCAUGGUCUUGCGAUCAUUCAGUUACUAGCAGUAUCGAGCAUUUAUUUUUGUUCCUCUGUGUUUUUGGCCAUUGGU